AUGGAGUGUCGCCAACGACGUGCCUUUGGGAUGCGACACCGCGCGCCACCAUGUGAUCGUCACGCCGGCGUGCAGCACGACGAACAGGAGGCCUGUCGCGAUGGCCGAGAGCAGGGCGAGCACGACCGAGGGCUCGAAGCGCCAGUCGGCGGGCCGUUGGUCGGAGACGCUGAUUAUGACUGCGCAGGCGACGGCGCUGGAUAUGGCUGUGGUGAGGGCGAGGAGGCCGAGCCAGGGGAGCCGGCCGAAGAAGGAGGGGUGCCAGGUGUAGGUUGGGGGGAGGGUGUGUUGGAGGGGUUGCGAGACGAUGUGGAAGGUGGUUUUUUUGUCCAUUUUGAUCUGAAUGACUUCGCAAAGUGGUUGAAGAUUGCGGGUGCGAGGGUCUCUUAUAUCGAUCGAACCCCAGCUCGUAAACUUCAUCGAUUCUCUAGCCUUGAAGUCUAG